UAAAGAAGCAGUGAGGCCUAGUCUGGUGUUUCUAAAGCUUAACUAGUUGGUCUCUCUCUUUCUCUCAUUCUCUCGUUCUCUCAUUCACUGUCAUAGUUUGGUUCUACGUUUGUUUGUGAUAUUUGAGAAGUAGGUUUGAGUUGGUCGGAGGUAGUAGGUUUUUUGUUAGGCAAAAAAAGAAAGGUGGGGGUGUUGGUGGAGUUUGGAGAGAAAGAGAAAGAGAAGAGAAAGGGAAGCAGUGUGGUUGUGAAGAAAAGGUAUUGACAAAAAGGGGGUGGUGUGGGGGGUGGGGUUUUAUUCAAGUGAUGCGCUCAGGAGCUUGUACAUUGCAACAGACCCUCACAGCGGAGGCUGCUUCAGUGUUGAAGCACUCUCUUGGGUUGGCACGCAGAAGGGGCCAUGCACAGGUCACCCCUCUGCAUGUGGCUGCUACUUUGCUGAGCCUAAGAGCCAGUUCCUUGAGAAGGGCUUGUCUCAAAUCUCAGCCACACCAAACAUCUCACCCUCUUCAGUGCAGAGCCCUUGAGCUUUGCUUCAAUGUCGCCCUCAACAGGCUCCCUACAACACCUGGCCCUUUGCUCCACACACAGCCUUCUCUCUCCAAUGCUCUCAUUGCUGCACUCAAGAGAGCUCAGGCUCACCAGAGAAGAGGCUGCAUUGAGCAGCAGCAGCAGCAGCCACUUCUCACCAUCAAGGUCGAGCUUGAACAGCUCAUUAUAUCUAUCCUUGAUGACCCUAGUGUUAGCAGGGUUAUGAGAGAGGCUGGUUUCUCUAGCACUGCUGUUAAGAGCAACAUAGAGGACACUUCUUCCACUCCUUCUGUUUUCCAGUGUUACAACACUUCUGGCGGUGUUUUCUCUUCUCCUUGCUCUCCUUCUCCCAGUGAGAACAACACAGCCAGUGCCUUCAGGCAGAACCAUUUCUUGGCUGCCUACACUUCUUCUGAUUUCAGUUCUCCAUUUCUGUUCUCUUCACAGAAGAAGGCCUCCGUGUUUCCCAUCACCGAGUCACCACCACCACCACCACCCUCUUCCAAGGAGGAUAUAAAGGUUGUUCUUGAUGUCCUCUUGAGGAAGAAGAAGAGGAACACUGUGAUAGUUGGUGACUCGGUGGCACUCACUGAAGGCCUUGUGGGAGAGCUGAUGGGGAAGUUGGAAAGAGGAGAUGUCCCUGAUGAGUUGAAGUCAACACAUUUCAUCAAGUUUCAGCUUGCACCGGUUUCUCUGAGGUUCAUGAAAAGGGAAGAAGUGGAGAUGAGUCUCUCAGCACUGAAGAGGAAGGUGGAUUCUGUUGCAUCAGGAGGAGGAGCCAUUUUCUAUGUUGGAGACCUCAAGUGGACUGUAGAAGCAACAACUUCUAGUGAAAAGGAUGAAGGAGAAGUCUGUGGCUAUAACCCAGUUUGUCAUCUACUUGCUGAAAUAGGGAAGUUGUUUUGUGAUUCCAACACAAAGGUGUGGCUUGUGGCCACAGCUAGUUAUCAAACAUACAUGAGGUGCCAAAUGAGGCAACCCCCUCUUGAGACUCAGUGGUCUCUUCAAGCUGUUCCUGUUCCAUCAGGUGGACUUGGCUUGAGUCUCCAUGCUUCCAGUGUUCACGAUUCAAAGAUGACAAUCUCCCAGAAUCCAUCUCAUAUGCUGGAAACAAAGCUCUUCAGUAACAGCAAGGAGGAGCAGGAUAAACUCAACUGCUGUGAAGAAUGUGCCUCCAAUUAUGAAAAGGAAGCUCAGUUGUUCAAACCAGGCCAGAAGAAACUGUUACCUUCAUGGCUUCAGUCUCACACCACUGAAGCCCAUCAAAAGUUGGUUGAGAAAGUGGCUAAUGAAGAAAUUGAAUGUUUUCAGGAUGAGUUGCAUCAGUUGAAAAGAAAAUGGAACAGACUAUGCCACUGUCUGCACCAGAGCAAACAGUCUGAUAACCAUUGGAGCAACACUUUACACGGCAAUCAGAGUUCAAAUGGGAAGAUCUACCCUUACAAUUCAUCGUAUCCCUGGUGGCCAAACCAGGGCAGUGUGUUCACAGAUUCAAGUUCAAUAUCUUUCGCCGAUUCACCUGCCAAACCGGCAUAUAGCUCCAACAUUGUCCCUCGGUUUCGGCGCCAACAAUCAUGCACCAUUGAGUUCAAUUUCAGUGAUGUGACUCAGAGAAAGCCAUCCACAGCCUUGGAUUCUCUCAAGGGCAUGGAAGGUAAUAGUAACGAAGUAAAGAUUACUCUUGCUCUUGGAAAUUCAACAUUCGGUGGUUCGGGGCAAACGGUGGAAAAUAUCAUAACUACUGAUAGAACACUGCGACGAGCUCAUAUUUGUAAACUGUUGCAGGAGAAUGUGCCAUGGCAAUCUGAGACAGUUCCUUCCAUAGCCGAGGCAUUGGUUGAUUCCAAAUCUGCAAAGCAGAGUGCCACUACUUGGUUGUUGUUGCAAGGAACUGACUCUGUUGGGAAAACAAGGUUGGCACGAGCGAUUGCAGAAUCGGUGUUUGGCUCAGUUGAUGUGCUCCUUCACUUGGACAUGCUGAAAAAUUCAGCAACCCCAUUUGCCGAAAGGGUGGCUGGAGCCUUGAAAAGCCAGGAGAAGCUUGUGAUUCUGAUAGAAAAUUUGGAUUUUGCCGAUGCCCAGUUCAGGAAGUUUCUUGCAGAUGGGUUUGAAACUGGAAACUUUGGAAGUUUAAGUAGGACUGAGGAGAGUUCAGGCCGUGCAAUAUUCAUACUGACAAACGGUGACACAAGGGGCAAUGAAGAGCAGAACAAUAAGGAGUCGGUGAUGAAGUUGGUGCUGAAGAUAAGUGAAACGAAGGCUGGUUUGGAGUCUUCAUCACCUUGUUCGGGUGAGAAGAGAAGGGCUGAAGUGCUGGAUUUGUUUUCCAAGGUUAAGAAUCGAAGGGUGGAGGGUAGGAAAGUGUUUUGUCGGCAUUCAAGCUUCAACAAUCUAGACCUGAACAUGAAAGCUGAUGAAGAGGAUGAUGAUGGGGAAGAGAAAACAGGUGGAAGCAGUCCAAUUUCAAGUGACUUGACAAGGGAAACUGUGGCAGAUCCAUUGAGCUGGAAUGGGGUUCUUGAGUCAAUAGAGAACAGGUUUGAGUUGAAUGAAAGUGCAGAGAGUGAGAGGGAGGUGGGAGAGAUGUUGGUGUCAAAGAUGAAAGAAUGGUUUGAGGAGGUUUAUGGAAAGAAAGAAAGUGUGGUGAAAUUUACUGUAGAGGAGAGGGUGAUAGAAGAAAUUGGUGUGGGGUGUGGAAAUUUUACUAACAGCAUGUUUGAGAAAUGGCUGAAAGACAUUUUUCAAAGCAGUUUACAGACAGUUAACUUUGGUGGGGUGGAGGGGGGUAUAGGUUUUACACUUUGUUGGGGUGGUAAAGGUGAUAGCAAAUGGGAUAAUGGAUUCAUGGGUUCAUGUUUGCCCAAGAAUCUCCAAGUUAACUACUUCAUGGAUUAACUGACUUUGGAUAGUUGGGGGGGGUUUGUAAAAUGCAAGUCAUAGCCUUUGUGUAACCGCUAAUUUUCAUUAUAGAAUGUGUUUGUUUUUUC